UUGCUGCCUGUGCUGCUGCUGCUAGUGUGGGUGCAAUGGAUGGCCCACGGUGCAAUGGGUUUCGCAAGAAGAGGAGAUCCAAAUCCCAAAGGGAUAGGGUGGUGAGGUCCAAAGGAGGAUUAGGUGUUGCCAGGACUGGUUCUUUGAUUUCUUCUUCUGGAUCUGAAAAAGAAGACAAUGGGAACCCGACUGUUUCUUCCUUGUCCAGACCAAAGCCCCCCAGGAGAAAAAGGAAAGAGUCCUCUUCGGCUGAAGAAGACAUCAUUGAUGGAUUUUCAAUGACCAGCUUUGUGACUUUUGAGGCACUGGAGAAAGAUGGUGCCUUGAUGCCAGAUGAGCGAGAUGCCAAGCAGCAGACACCUCUCACCAAAAAGAAAAGGGAGAUUAUAAGCAAUGGACUGUCUUAUAAACUGCAAAAGAACAACAAGUACGACCCCCACUAUGGUUCAGACAGGGAAAAUGACCGUAACCUCUGCCAAAAGCUAGGAAAGAAAAGGUUUCAGAAGAGGCUCAACCAGCUGAAACCACUACAGAACAACUGCAGAGAGAGUGACAACGAAAGUCAGAACAGAGAAUCAAACCCUUCACAGAGAGCCACUUCACAUGAACGACUAAGUGAUAGCUCAGCUGCCUCCAGCCUGGGAACUGGCUACUUUUGUGACAGCGACAGUGACCAGGAAGAAAAGGUUUCAGAUGCCAGUUCAGAAAAAUUCUUCAGCACCAUCUCAAAAAAUGAUUCCGAGUUGGGUGUCAGUUUACUGACAACAAAUAGUAGCAAAGAUGCUUCAGGUCCAGUUCUACCAAAAGUGUCGGGACUAGAGAGAAGUCAAGAGAAGAGCCAGGAGAGCACUCAAGAGUUGCAGUUUGAGACGGUGGUGUGUAAGGACCUGUGCCCACCAUCUUUGCCUGCAGUGCAGCCAGAAAUAGAGGCACAACCGUGUCUUUCAUCUCCUGGACCAGUUAUAAUCUCCCUUUCAGCGACACCAACACAAACACAGCAGGAGCCUCCUCAGCCUCCUCAUUCUUCUCUAGAGCAAGAAGCAGCAUUGCCACCUCAGCCACAAGUGCAGCUGCCACAAAAGGCUCAGCCACUUCCUCAACAACCUAUUCAUCCAAGCUCUCCAGCAGUUCAAACUCGACCUCCCUCUCAGUCAUUGCCCCAGAGCUUGUGCAACUACAACAGCAGCAGCUUAAGUGUGAACAGUUUAAGCAGCAGCAGAAGUAGUACUCCUGCCAAAAGUCAAGUGCCACCGUCUCACCUGUCUCAUCAUCCUUCAGCUUCUCCGUAUCCUCUGUCUUUACCAAGUCACAGUCCUUUACAUAGCUUUACACCCACCAUCCAACCUCCAGCACACCAGCACCACCCAAAUAUGUUUGCCCCACCUGCUGCUUUACCUCCUCCACCACCACUGACUUCAGGGGCCCUUCAAGUUCAAGGACACCCAGCUAACAGCACUUACUCAGAACAAGACCUUCUCAGACAGGAACUGAACACACGCUUUUUGGCUUCUCAGAGUGCAGAUCGUGGAGCAUCAUUGGGCCCACCACCAUACCUAAGGACAGAGUUUCACCAGCACCAGCACCAGCACCAGCAUCAGCACCAGCACACUCAUCAGCAUACACACCAGCACACCUUUACACCUUUUCCGCAUGCUAUCCCGCCAACUGCCAUCAUGCCAACUCCAGCACCGCCCAUGGUGCGUACUCCAGGCAGAAAUUUUGACAAAUUCCCUACAAAAGUUGACCCCUUCUACCGUCACAGUUUAUUUCAUUCAUACCCUCCAGCUGUAUCUGGCAUUCCUCCCAUGAUUCCUCCCACUGGUCCCUUUGGAUCACUACAAGGGGCAUUUCAACCUAAGACUUCCAAUCCCAUUGAUGUUGGAGCUAGACCUGGAACUGUCCCACACACUCUGCUGCAGAAAGACCCAAGGUUGGCAGAUCCUUUCAGACCUAUGUUGAGGAAACCUGGAAAAUGGUGUGCCAUGCACGUUCAUAUUGCCUGGCAGAUAUACCAUCACCAACAAAAGGUCAAAAAACAGAUGCAGACAGAUCCGCACAAGCUGGAUUUUGGCCUAAAGCCUGAGUUUUUGAGCAGGCCACCAGGUCCAAGCCUCUUUGGAGCUAUUCAUCAUCACCAUCCGCACCCCCAUGAGUUGGCACGCCCUUCAACACUGUUCUCCGUUGCUGGUGGAGCACACCCAGCUGGCGCACCUUUUGGUCAUCCACCGCACCACAGUAAUUUUCUUAACCACUCUGCUCAUCUUGAACCAUUUAAUCGUCCAUCAACAUUCGCUGGUCUUGCCUCUGUAGGAGGAAAUGCCUUUGGGGGACUUGGCAAUCCCUCAGUCACAUCUAACGCAAUGUUUAGCCAUAAGGAAGGGCCAAAUAUUCAGAGUUUCAAUAACCCUCAUGAACCAUGGAAUCGACUUCAUCGAACACCACCUUCUUUCCCAACACCUCCACCCUGGCUUAAACCUGGGGAGCCUGAACGCAGUUCUUCAGUUACAGCUCAUGAUCGAGAUUCAGAGAAAAGAGAAUCGUCAUCCAAAGAUGAUAAAGAAAGGGAAAGCAAUGAGAAAAGGCACUCUAGUCAUCCUUCACCAGCACCUGUUACUCAAGUUAAUUCAUUGGGACAUAAUCGCAGUUUAUCAGAACAGAGCAGAAGUCAUCUAAAUAAUGAGAUACGGGACAAAGAAAAGACCAAGGACCGCGAAAGGGACCACUCUGAUUCAUGGAAAGAAGCUAACGUGGAAGAGCACAAAGCAAAGGAAAACCAUAUUUCUGAAAAGGAAAGCAUUGUACAUGACAAUAGAGCUGCAGAGGAAGCCAAGCAGGUCUCGAGGGUACCCUCCCCUUAUGUUAGACCACCAGUGAUGGAAAGCACUAGACCUAAUAGCACUUCAAAUAGAGAUGAGAGAAAAACCGAGACAUACGACAGUCAUAAGAAAAGUAAUGAUGUCAAAGUAAAAGAGGAAAGAAAGGAAGAUCAUGAUGUUUUAGUUUCUGAGGCACCAAUUGUGCAUAGGUCCUCCGAACAACAUCCUCCAAUAUCUACAUCAAACAUUCAUCCGAGCCAUUUAGGGUCUAUGCCAAUGGCUAUGGGUGUAACAGGAAUGCAUCCAAUGAACAGUAUUGGUGGCUUAGACAGAACUCGCAUGAUGAAUCCUUUCAUGGGUAUAAGCCCAAUCCCAGGCGGUGAACGUUUUCCAUAUCCAUCAUUUCAUUGGGAUCCUAUGAGAGAUCCAUUAAGAGACCCUUACAGAGGACUGGAUAUUCAUAGGCGUGAUCCCCUUGGAAGAGAUUUUUUUCUGCGAAAUGAUCCACUUCAUCGACUUGGCACUCCAAGAAUAUAUGAAACGGACAGAUCUUUUAGAGACAGGGAACCCCAUGAUUACAACCAUCAUCACCAUCAUCUUUCUGUUGAUCCACGUAGGGAACAUGUAGAAAGAGCAAGCCAUCUGGAAGAGAGGGAACGGUUACACAUGCUUAGAGAGGACUAUGAACAUGCCCGUUUACAUUCAGUUCAUCCAGCUGCUUUGGAUGGUCACCUGCCUCACCCAAGUUUAAUUACUCCAGGACUUCCAAGCAUGCACUAUCCCAGGGUCAGUCCCACAGCUGGACAUCAAAAUGGACUUCUUAAUAAGACUCCACCAACAGCAGCACUAAGUGCCCCCCCUCCCCUUAUUUCUACUUUGGGAGGCCGACCAGGAUCUCCCAGGAGGACUACUCCAUUGACUGCAGAGAUAAGAGACAGACCUCCUUCUCACACGUUGAAAGAUAUUGAAGCACGGUGAAUCUAAUAGAUGUAGCUUGAGGACAAUUAACCUGAUUUAAUUCAGAGCAAGACUUGACAUACAAACUUUGUACAAAUGUAAAGCCUCUAAGAGCAAUGAUUUUCACUUUUUGUAUAUUAUACGUUGCAGAUUUCCAGAUCUUUUAGCCAAUUCAAAUGUUUGUCUUCAAAUUAUUUUACUAAUGUAAAGCAUUUGAUUGGAACUGAAGGAAAUAAUUCAUUAGAUCUAUUUGGACUGUAUCAGACUUGUGAUAUUGAAAGAAAAUGUAAAUAUGUAUUUACAAUGAUUUGCUUCAUUGGUUAUUGGUUCAUAUAUGCAAAAGGAUAGGAUGAAAGCUUUACUGUGUACAAAUGUAAAUAGACAUAAUACAAUAAUACUUCUUAAACUGUGCAGUUUACAACCUUGCUAUUUAUAACACAGUCUGCUCUUACUGUGUAUGUUAUUAGAGACAACUAAACCCCCUCAACUAUGCAAUUAUUAUUAAGGCUUUCAACAUAAAGCCAUUGUAACACAAAUGGAUCUAUUUCCCACACUCACACAAUUAAAGUCAUAUUGUCCCUAAGAAAGUCAUGUUGAAAUACCUAUUGCAUUUUUCUAGAAAUCUUUCUGUAUUUAAGUUGUUUUUCAACAUUCUAAACAAGGAUGUUAAUGAUAUCCCCUAUAAUUGUUAUGCAGCCAUUUCAAUAUAAUUACUGGAUCUUUUUAAGUGGAAUGGAAUGAUGUUUAUUUAAUUAUGUAGUAAAAAGAACAGGUAGGUUAUCUUACUCAUAGCAAACUGUUCUGAAGCAGAAGUAGAGAGAUUGGGUCCUCAAAGCUGCACUUUCAAUUCCAAUUCCACCAACGGAUCCCUCAAUGCAUGGGUUUCUCAGUGGUUUUAGCAAGGUAGUAAAAAGCUGCAUUGGCAAAUCAAUCCCACCAAAGACACCAAAUAUCAGCAUUUGCCAUGUUUGAUAGAACAGUAGUAUAUAUGCAUCAUGGAGCUCAAAAUACAUACAUUGAUAUAAACUUCAAUAAAUAUUUUUCUUGUGGUAGCCAUUAUAAUACUUCCACACAUAAAAGUGCAGGGCUCCAUUCAUCUAUGCACAACUGAACAAUAUACAAACUUAUAUACUUCAAAUAUGCAUUUAUCUACAACAACAAUUGUUUUCAGCACACUGUCUAUUAUAAUGUCUGUAACUGGAUUGUAACUGGAAGAACAAAACAAAAUUUCCUAUGGUCAAUGAACAAACCAGAAGACAAGUUUUUGGCAUUAGCCUUUCUAACAGCUAAAAUGAAAUGACUGGUGGUUUACUUACAUAAUUGCUCUUUGCACUACAUUAUUAAAUACAUCUCCAUUUGCCAACCAACUCAAGGGAAGCAAAAUAACUUUGUUAUUGAGGGUAUAUACAUUUGGAAACUGAUGUUUUAAUAUGAUGCACAUUCUAUCAUAUUGGUUAAAUUGUUGACCCAAAUGACAAGUACGAAAUUUAAAGCACCCCCCCCCCCCACUACCACCACCCACCCACCAUAUUUGUUUUGGGCAUUUAGUUCAUGAUCUCAUAAUAACACCUGUUGGAGAGGAUAUGACUUUAGCAGUAAUAAAUACCAUACACAUUUGGUUUACUGGGUUGUAAAUUAUAUGUAUGAAAUAAACAUAGUCCAUUGGUCUUCUAGUGUAUUAAAGUGAUAUCUUAAGUUGUUAUCCUGUUUUGGCAACAAAAUCAGAACACUGAAAAAAACUCCAGACAGUUGUUUCUAAUAAGCAGAGAUCUAUUUUAGUAGUCAUCUGAAGGUUUAGUUGUGAGCUUCAGAUUUUGUGAACUCCAGAUGUUGUGCAGUGUUUUUUAAAGAACAAACCCUCCCAAAAGAUUAUGUACACUGGAACAGUAGUGGUAGCUUUCAGUAUUGUAAAGAAAUUGUUAUAUACAAACCUUUUGCUGUUUAUCCUGUAUGUAAGAAAUUUCCUUUUUAGAUCAUAUGUAAAGAGGAAAAAAGAGUACUGAAAAGGAAAAAAAAAAUCAAAACAUAAAAAUGAAGCAACUCGAUCUUCAGCAUGUUCCUCAUCAGCGAAGACUUGUGUUAUGUAAAUUGUGCCAUGUUAUUAAAAAAAUGUGAACUAAG